AGGCGGCUGCUGGAUGUUCUGACGAGACCCCCACGGAGACUCCUGUUCCAGUAAGACCGGGUGAUUGGGUAAGGGUCAAAGUUCACAAGAGAAAGUGGCCCGACCCUAGGUGGACAGGACCUUGGGAGGUAACAGAGUGUACCUCACAUGCGAUCCGAGUAAAAGGAAAAACAGGAGCAAUUUGGCACCACCUCACAUUGUGCACCCACUGACCCACCUUCUCGGUCUUUACGAGAAGUAGCCACUGAUUUGGCCGACUCCUCCUCAAAAUUUUAAAGUAAUACGUUGACCGCAAAAGGAGGGUCUAUCUGUAUGUCUUGUCUUGAUUAUUUCCAAAUAUAAGCUUGUAUACUCUACUUUAAACUCAGCUACGCACCUCUGAGUUCCAUAUGAGCAAAGAGAAACACGCGGCAGAGGCCGCCAGUUCAACCGAGGACAUGGUGGCUUCAGAGGACAAGGCAGAGGCGGUCCCCGCAUGGAUGGCUGCUUAUGCGGAUUGACUGGAGGAGGGGGGCUGGGAGAUAGCGGUGAAAACUCUGACUCACUCGACACCUGAGAUGCACGGUAUCGCACCCACACCACACACACAUGAAAGUGACACACUAAAUGUCACUGACACACACACAUUGAUAUUAGAAGCAAUCACAUGCUUAGAAAUGAAAAAUUACUUUUCUGCAUUGUACAUUUAUCCCCAACAAUACCGCCCCUGAUGGCUCGGUGACCAGGGCUCUCUCCGCCUUACGCACCAUGGCACAGAACAUGGCCGCAGACUCUGGAAUUAACAACCCCCUAGAUAAUUGGAUGAGAUGGAGGUUGGGGAGUUCGUGGAUGAUCCCCAAAACCAAACUGGUUUGACUGGCGCUGAACUAUUACAGGAAAGAGAAGCAGAGAAGAGGAAACGGCUGCUUCUCGUCUGUGGAGUCGCCUUGCUGCAGUUUCAACCCAUUUACCAAGCUGCUUCUCAGAUUACAGUUGGUCCCGCCCCCUCAGCACACAGCUUAAGCCAGUGGUGAGGCUGCUUUUCUGCAUGGAGGCGUUGCUUUCAGGCUUAACCGCCUGGUUGCCUAGGGAACCGGGCAGCAGAGACGGACAGGCUGGGGAGAAAGAAAGCGUUUCCAGGUCAGCUCAAACAUGGAGAGAGGAGCAGAGAGACAAAGAGGAGGGGAUACGGAGGUGGCGCAAGAGAAGAGCUCAGUGGAGAAGCAGUGGGGGGACGCAGAGGUGCUGGCUCUCAUGUCAGUGUGGGACGAGGUCGGCGCUCAGCACGUAGCCGAGAGCAGGGCCACGUUUGAGCUGAUCUCAGAGCGCCUGAGGAGGCUCAGUGUUGUGCGAAGCUGGUGGGAGUGUCAGGCCAAGUGCAAGAGCCUGGGACUUCAGGGCAGAAGGCCUGACGUAGCAGCAGCAGCAGCAGCAGCAGCAGGCACUUCAGCAAACUACAGCCCAGGAGUGGACGGGAGGCCAGUGGAGGGCUGGGAGGAAGAAGUGGAGGAUGUGGGUAAUCAAAGAGGAAUCUACUCUUCCUCAGGCACUUUCCCAACACAGGAAGGAAUCAAAAGUCAAAUCCAUCGAGCUCUCCCUUACACUCCGACUGUGGCUGAGGAAGGGGGCCGCCACUGGACCGACGACGAGGUGCGAGCCCUGCUGUGCGUGUGGGCUGACCGGCAUGUCCGAGAGCGCUUGAAAUGCACGCUACGCAACAAGUCCAUCUUCCAAGAGAUGGCCCGUCAAAUGCAGAGAACUUUCGGGGUGGUGCGCAACUGGAAACAAUGUCGGACGAAAUACAAGAACUUGAAGUACGACUACAAGACUGCGAAAAGUGCCCACGCUGCAGGGGGCGGCGCCGCAGGAGGCCCAGGGAAGUACAUGAAGUUCUUCGAUGAGGUGGAGGCCAUUCUGCUGGACCGUGGGCUGGAAAACGGCGGCGUGGAAAUGCAGAGGAGGCUGUAUGAUGGAGAAGUGGCAGAAGGGAGGCUGCAAACACCAGCACAGACGACAACCUCAGAAAGUGAGGUUGUCAUAGAAAUUGAUGAUGAUGACAACAGUGAUGAUUACGAUAUGGAGGUAGACAUGGAAGCUAAAUGGAGCGGAACAGAUCCAUCCAGCUCUGACCAGAUCCACGUAGUCACGGUGUCGGACACAGGUCGAAACUGGAGCGACCAGGAGGUGCGAGCGCUGAUCCAAGUCUGGUCCGACGAGCGCGUGUGCAGGCAGCUGGAGAGCUCGACCAGAAAGAGAGACAUCUUCGUUCAGAUCUCCAACAGGUUAAUUCAGCAAGGCAUCGAGCGGGACUGGAAACAGUGCCACACCAAGUACAAGAACCUCAAGUACCUUUACCGCUCCCUCCAGAGGGGCAAGAGUGACGAAGCUGACCCCAGACGUCUUAUGAGGUUCUACGAUGAGGUGGACGCAAUUAUGAAUCGCACGACUAACGGCUCGCCACACACCACGAGAACUGCAGACCAACAAGAAGUUUCGGGAGAACUCGUGAUGUUGGAGGGUUCUGGGGAGAGAGAUCACGUUGAUGUUUAUUUGAUGAGGGCAAACACAGUCCCGACAGUGGUGGGAGCGCUGGAGGAGAGAACUUGUAGUACUGAGUCUGUCUCGUCUAUAAGCCUCGAUGUUACGCCAAGCAACGAGGAAAGGAGGCCGCAUGCAGCUAAGGAGCGUCGCUUGGAUCAGCAGCACAGAUUAAAGAACUCUGUGGAAAAAAGGGUAGAAAGAGAAGAUCCCUAUUCAGCAAACAGAGGAAUGAAGAGGAAAGCUGUGGAUCAAGUCCCCAAACUCCAGACUCCAAGGAAAAAACUGGACACUGGCUCUAACACAGAGGCCCAGUGCAAAGAAGAGCAGGAUCACAUCCCAAUAAUAAAGAUAAACUCUGUCCGCUCAAUGGCCUCCCCCCAUCCAUCCCCAGAGAGACAGCGCUGCAGGCCGAUCCCGAACUCCGCCAUGGCCUCCACUUCAGAGCUGAAGAUCGGACAGAAGCUGAAUGAGGGUAAAACCAAGCAGAUCUUUGAGCUGCUGGAGCCGCCCGGUCGGGUUCUGGUCCAGUCCAAGGACCAGAUCACCGCGGGGAACGCGGUGAGGAAGGACCAGAUGGAGGGAAAGGCUGCCAUCGCCAACAAAACCACGAGCUGCUUGUUCAAGCUGCUUCAGGAAUCCGGCAUCAAGACGGCCUUCGUGAAGCAGCACUCUGACACAGCGUUCAUCGCUGCCCACUGUGAAAUGAUUCCCAUCGAGUGGGUGUGUCGGAGAGUGGCGACCGGAUCCUUCCUCAAGAGGAAUCCAGGAGUCAAAGAAGGCUACCGCUUCUCUCCGCUGAAGAUGGAAAUGUUCUUUAAGGAUGAUGCCAACAACGACCCUCAGUGGUCAGAGGAGCAGCUGCUGGAGGCCAAGUUCUGUCUGGCUGGGGUCACCAUCGGUCAGUGUGAGGUGGACAUCAUGAACCGCAGCACGGUGGCCAUUUUUGAGAUUCUGGAGAGGGCCUGGGCCACUCAGAACUGCACGCUGGUGGAUAUGAAGAUCGAGUUUGGUGUGAAUGUGAAAACUCAAGAGGUUGUGCUGGCUGAUGUGAUUGACAACGAUUCCUGGAGGCUGUGGCCGGCCGGAGAUCGAAGCCAGCAAAAAGACAAGCAGGUUUAUCGAGACCUUAAAGAAGUGACCCCUGAGGCCAUGCAGAUGGUGAAGAGGAACUUUGAGUGGGUCUCUGAAAGGGUCAAGCUGCUGCUGGAGUCCCAGGCCAGUGGCAGGGUGGUGGUUCUGAUGGGCUCCACCUCGGACUUGGCCCACUGUGAAAAAAUCAAGAAGGCCUGUUCCUCCUAUGGGAUCUCCUGCAUCCUCAGAGUCACCUCGGCACACAAAGGACCAGAUGAGACUCUCCGCAUCAAAGCAGAAUAUGAAGGUGACGGUGUACCUACUGUGUUUGUGGCUGUGGCCGGCAGAAGUAACGGCCUUGGUCCAGUGAUGUCAGGAAACACUGCUUAUCCUGUCAUCAACUGCCCACCUCUCACUCCUGAUUGGGGCGCACAGGAUGUCUGGUCAUCCCUCCGUAUGCCAAGUGGACUCGGCUGCUCCACAAUCCUCUCCCCCGAGAGCGCUGCUCAGUUUGCGGCGCAGAUCUUCGGCCUGACCAAUCACCUGGUGUGGUGCAAACUGAGGGCCUCAAUGCUCAACACCUGGGUGUCUCUCAAGCUGGCCGACCAGAAGCUACAGGCCUGCAGCAUCUGAAGUGGCUAAAACCUCUUUGAGUCCUCUGUGCUACUUUGAGGCUCCUCUGUCCGUUAAUCUGUUUACCAUGACCAACCCACUAACAGUAGAUUGAUUCUACAUGUACUUUCUCACGCGUCAUUCAUUCCAUGGAAAGUAGAAAUUAAUAAAAGCUUCGUAAUUAAA